UCUUGCAAUGACUCCUCUCUUUAUAAACAGCAUACAAGAGGGUGUUCUAUUCAUUGCACCAAAUAAAAAUUUCUUUUCCUUUCUGUGGCUUUGAUCACGGGAUGGGCGUCACGAGCUUUACCCAGGAGUUCCCGUGCCCAAUCUCUCCCGCCCGCAUGUUCAGGGCCCUGAUCGUGGAGUCGAGUGACUUGAUCCCUAGGCUUCUGCCCCAGUUCAUCAAGAGUGUUGAACUUGUCGAGGGAGAUGGAGGAGCCGGAAGCAUCGAGCGGGUCAACUUCACCGAAGCGAGCCAUUUCAAGUAUUUGAAGCACAGAAUCGAUGAGCUCGACAAGGAAAACUUCCUAUGCAGAUACGCCAUGAUCGAGGGCGAUGCACUGGGCGACAAGCUUGAUUCGAUUGAUUAUGAGGUCAAGUUCGAAGCUGCCACCGGUGGAGGUUCCAUCUGCAAGAUGACCAGCAAGUACAACACCAAGGCCGAAUUCCAAGUCGACGAAGAAGAAAUUAAAGCCGGGAAAGAAAAGGCCUUUGCCAUCUACAAAGUCGUGGAGGCCUAUCUCUUGGAGAACCUUCAUGCUUAUGCUUAAUAUUAAUUUUCCGCUGUGAAAUGCAAAUUAUAUAAUAUUGAUUGUUACAAGCUUAAAUAAAGAAGGGAUUAUUUUAAGUAGAGUA